CUUCCCUUCGGUGCGUCUCGGUCCGCCCGCAGCAGUCUCCUUCCCGGCGAGGUUUCACUACAGAGAUGGCUGCGAAAGUGUGCAGAUCAGUACUCCUGUUGUCCCGGAGCAGCGGAGCGGUGGCCGGCAGCCUCCCCGCACUUGUUGUCUCUUCACAGCGACAUCAUCAGCACAUAAGACCGCAGGAGGUACUGUCUGCUCCUUUCACCCGUCAGACUGUCAGGAGAGCACAUGGCCUACGGUCAGCAGCCCACUCCACACUCUUCAGCCAGCCUCCCACUGCCCUGUCUCCACAGGUUUGGAGGGGCGCCCCCUCAUGGCAUGGCCAGAGACUUUUGUGUUCCUCUGCUGCUCCAGAAGAGGUGACAGUGGUGUAUCAGAACGGGCUGCCGGUGAUCUCAGUCAGUUUGCCGUCCAGGCGAGAGCGCUGUCAGUUCACUCUCAAGCCUCUCAGUGACUGUGUUGGAGUUUUCCUGCAACAGCUCCAGGCGGAGGACAGAGGCAUCGACCGGGUAGCGAUCUACUCCACAGAUGGAGCGAGGGUUGCCUCCUCCACAGGUAUAGACAUCCUGCUGCUGGAUGAUUUCAAGCUUGUCAUCAAUGACACCACACACCUCGUGCGGCCACCAAGGAGAGAGCUGCUGCCCCAUGAGGAGGCAGAGAGGCUGAAUGACGUCAAGUUUCUGGUGCAGCAGCUAUACACUACCCUGCGCAUCGAGGAGCACCAACUCAGCAAAGAACGUGAGCUGAUUGGACGACUGGAGGACCUCAACUCUCAACUCCGCCCCCUAGAGAAGGUGAGGGAGGAGUUGAGUAAGAAGGCAGAGCGACGUACCACCUGGGUGCUGUGGGGCGGCAUGGCGUACAUGGCCACCCAGUUUGGCAUUCUGGCCAGACUGACCUGGUGGGAGUACUCCUGGGAUAUCAUGGAGCCCGUCACCUACUUCAUCACCUACGGCACCGCGAUGGCCAUGUACGCCUACUUUGUGCUCACACGCCAGGAGUACAUUUACCCCGACGCUAGAGACAGACAGUAUCUGCUGUUCUUCCACAAGGGGGUGAAGAGGACACGUUUCGACAUUGAGAAGUACAACAAGCUGAAGGAUGAUAUCGCUGAGGUGGAGUUGGAUCUGAAGCGUCUUCGGGACCCGCUCCAGCUCCAGCUCCCAGUUCAGCAGCUCAACGCCGGUAAAAAUUGAUGGGAAGAGUGACUCCCUCCUCUCUCAGCUCCUACAACCCCCACCUUUCCUAUCCCCUAUAUCCCCUCCCUUCGUCCAACACCCCGCCCCUCCCUUAUUCCUCCCAAUAUCAAACCCUCCUUCCUCCCCAUCCCUCCCACACCCAAUAAGCCCAUCCCCUUCUUGACUGUGGGAGUUAGUUUUUUUCCUUUUUUUCUUUUUCUUUUUUUUUUUUCUUUUUACUUUCUUCUUGAAAACUCCAGUUGGAAUUGCAAGUGAAAACCGCUAAAACACAAAGGAUGGUGAGAAUACCGGGAACUGAAAAAACUCUCACAGCCUGAAGGAUGGUGAGGAUGAUGAAAAGGACGACGAUGAAGAUGAUGAUGAUGGAAUUAAACUGGGCACUAUGGAAAUGCCUCAAGUCUCUGGAGGGACAGCCUGCAGGGAACUCCAGGGGGAGACACCUCUUCUCUUGACACUCCAGGACAGAGGACACUCAGAGGGACAGUCAUUGUUGAGUGUGUGUGUGUGUGUGUUUGCGGGACUUUCAGGUUACACUGGGACACCGACCCUGGCCAUUCUGCGGGUCGACACAGCAGUGUACAGCAGUCCUGCUUCUCCUUGCAGUCAAACUGUCAACACACACACUUGGCUGGGGCAGGCUCUAGGGAGAGUUUCUAUCCCACUCAUUAAAGUUUACAAGGAAGUCCUCACCCCGCCUGCUGCGAUGUGCCACGGCUGGGGCUCACUGCAGUCGCACCAUCAGGGAGACCUUCGUCUUCCUGCGGCUGAACACUGCUGCCUCUCCCUCCCUGGGCCACUCCUCCUCCUGGUAACGGACAGCUGUCCUUCCCCGUGUGACCUUUGUCAGGAGCCUGUCUCGACUCGCAGGAUGCAGGGACGACGACAGUCGGCGCGUCUCGUUUCCUCUUCCUGUUGAUUUCCUGUAGCGGCCCGGUCUGCGCAAGUAUGAGAGUACUACCGACAACAACAUCACUGUGUGUUCUUUUAUUCCAAAAAAAUAUUUUGGCACUUUUUAUUUUGAAAGCCAUAGUAUAUUUGUUAUGAAAAGAAUAUAAAUAUAUAUAUAUAUAUGUAUACAAUCAAAUAAACAGAUGACCAGAGGCUAGUUUCUUUCAGUGGGGGGAGGAGCUCUCUUACAAAUGUCAUUUCAUCUGAAACUCAUUUACAUCUGAAGAUCUCCUAACAUGAAGCACCCCCCCUAACAGUCCAACGCACACAUAUGAAAAGCAUUGUAUGCAUUUACUACCUUGAAGUAACUAUUUCAUAUCUGUAAUAAUAAAUAACUAUCUCCAGGUUGGGCGUAAGGCUCCUGUGCAUGUCCACCAGACAGGGGGAACCAUGUUGAAGCCAAAUCAGGGCUAAAAUGGCUUUGAUUGGAAUUUUUUUGUUUGUUUGUUUUAGCAACACAGAAUAUCGAUGUGGAUAAUGCCAUGCUUUUCAACUAUAAUCAUGUCAUUCUAUCAUUGCUGCGGAAAUACUUGUUUACAUUGUUUAGUAACUGUUUCCCCAGACAAACCCACAGGCAUGUUAUAGUUGAAGAUAUGUGAUGAACUCAAAUUUUGCAAAAUGUGGCUUCAAAAGAAAGAAUGCUACUUCAUAGAAGAGGAGUUUGUGUACAUUACCUACAUUUUUUUUUUCUUUUUCCAAUUGAAAGCAUUGUUCUCGGACCAUUUCCUGAAUUUAACAGAUUUUUACAUGAACUGGAGUUUAGUUUAGCAGCAUGUAAUGUGCAUUUUAGUUUUAUAACUCACCCUCAUGAAGCUUAUAGCCAAAAUAACAAACUACACCUAAAAGAGCAUCAUGGCAUUGGUUCGCAGAGGCUUUGAAAUGAAGCCAGGGUUUUCUCCUCCCACUGUUGCUGUAAUGCCCCCCCUGCUCCCUCGAUGGCAAGGCAGGGUAAACUGCAUGCUGUGGUAUGCCCUCAGUAGAAAUUUGUGAAUGUGUAGGAGCAUUAUUGCAAUUUUGUACUCAAUUGGACACUUUUCUUUGCCACAUCUAGCUGAAGUCUCAUCCUUUGAUUGGUUAUCUCUAAGAUUAUAGAAGCCAUGUGUUUAUGUUCAUUUUUUUGGGGGGAUGGUUCACUGAAUAAACCAAACUUUAUCAGCUUUACUUCGUUUUCUGUACAGGGUGAGGAUUGAUCGGCCCUCUUUCCGGCCCUUUAAUUGACUCCAAAGCACGUUUUUUUGUUUUCACCCUGAACUGCUGUGGAUUACCUCUGCAGAGGGGAAGCACAAUGACAUGUCGUACCCGCUUGUAGACUCCUCCUCCUGCUUGUGUGUGGACAGUCGGCUGAAUCCUACCGAUGAGAUCCAUGUGUUUAACUGCAGAUUUUCUAUUAAAAUGCAUGAUUUUAGCUCAAAUCAAGAGUUACCCAUGCAGAUCUCAAGGCAGGAUUUGGUGUAAUCUGUUAUCAUAUAUAUAUAUGUGUGUGUGUGUGUGUUUGUGUGGAUGUUGGUGUGUUAUCUCCAAGGGAAAUGGUGCCUUUUGGAUGAUUAAUGAACAGUAUAGACAGCGUAGCAAUUCGGUAAACAGCAGUGAUAAGAUCUUGUUUGGUAUGAAACACUGAUGUAAAGGAGGGUUUUCUCUGUGUGUGUGUGUGUGGGUGUGUGUGUGUGUGUGUGGAGUGUGAGUGCACUAAGGGGCAAAGUGCAUAUCACCAUAUUCAUGAAUCCUUUGCCCCUAAUCGCCACUUGUCAGUAGCGGUACAAAAUCACUUCCACUCUCAUCCCACUUCAUAGCAGUCAUUAGCUUUAAAUUCCUAUUUUUCCUGAAUAGGCCAACUUGCACACACUUUGUCUCACACACACACACACACACACACACACACACACAAUCAAAGUGACAGUGUUUCCUUGGAGAUGUACCGUGGGAGGUGAGAGAGUUUAGGCCUCUGUCUGCAGUCCAGUCCUUCUCUCUGCUGUUUCUACACUUCUCUCCAUCAUCACCUCCUCCUUUUUAUCACACCAUCCGCCAUUUAUUGCCUUUUUUUUUUUCUCUAUCUCAUUUGUUUAAAAAACAAAAAUAUAUCAAAUAUAGGGAACUUUAUUAUAAAGAGGGUGUUGCAUGAAUGUAUGUUUACAUGGGAAAUUAUGUAAAAAUAAAAAAGACGAUCUAUCAAAAAAACCGCAAAGAUAGUUUAAGAACGUUGUUUGUAGAGAUUCCUAGUUAUAAAAGGGCAGUGGACAGAAUCUGCCCUGCCAAAUCUGACUUUAUCCCAGCCAACCAGCUGCUCUUCAUCAAAUCCCAGCCCCAUCUUCACCUUAUUUACCCCCAUAACUCUUCCUCAGCUUGCAUUUAAACUCCCCAAUAAAUGGAGAAACACGCUCCAUCCUCUGUGCACCUAUAAAGGAGGCUUUAGGACCUCUUGACCUCAGUUACUAACGUCCUGGAUCUGAGUCCAUAGGAAAAAGUGUCGGGCGCACUCCGUUCGCUUGUCGGGGAACACCUCUCAUACUCGUCCCUCUCUCCUGUCAUUUUCUUCCACCCACAGCCUUUUUUCCUCCAAAUUACAUUAUUAUUCUAUGUUUUGAAUGUGUGUUAUGUUUUGAAAUUCUUGUUUGUGUGCACUUACAAUAAAAUAUGUUUAAAAUGCCUAAAGAGUGAAGCAGAAUUAUAGGAUUGAAAUGAUCUUGUACUCCAUUCUGACCUCUUAUUUUAUUUUGUUUUUCUUGUCUUUAUGUUUCUGUUGACAUAUGAUGCUGUAAUGUUGGCAAAAAAGAAAAUGUAAAAUCCUGUAUCAUUUAUGAAAUAUGUAUAAAAGAGAAAUGUAAUUCAAUUAUCAAUAAAAUCCUUAUCCAGUUUUUGGA